AAUUCCAAAACCAACUUAACUGGACUUGGCCUCCCCGUCGCUCAGCCUCCUCCACCCGUCGCUCAGCCUCCUCCACCGCCGUUGACCUCUAUCAGCUGCUCCCUGUGAAAGCGUUGGAAGCAAGCAGCUUGUCCAUUCUUCAGAAUUUGAGGAAGUUAUGGAACCAGGAAAAUUCAACAAAAAGGCUGAUGACGAUAUUGCUGAUUCUGCUGCUGAACCAGUACGCUUGCAUGAGAAAAAUCCCAAGUCUUUGAAGGCAAAACCAAAUGAUGUUAGCAAAUCCUCAUCUCAGGAGUUUAUGCAAUCUAAAGAGGCUGAGACUGUUUCAGAAGUUAAAGCCAAAUAUAAGAAUAAAAGGAAGAGAAACAAACGGGGCAAACAAGAUAGGAAUGUUAAAACAGAUUCCGCAAAGGAUCUAAUUCCACAUCACAGGGACGAAGCAAUGGAAAUCACUGAAGAUAAGGGCGAGGAGAGUAAAAGGAGGGAACAGAAGUCUGGCAAAAUUAUUGGGGGAAUGAUAUUUAUGUGCAAUGCAAAAACUAAACCAGACUGUUUCCGUUAUCGCGUAAUGGGUAUCCCAACAAGCAGGCAAGAGCUUGUCAUGCGUAUUAAACCUGGUUUGAAGCUUUUCCUCUUUGAUUUUGAUCUCAAGCUCAUGUAUGGAAUAUAUGAAGCAUCGUCAAGUGGUGGCAUGAAACUUGAACCAGCAGCCUUCUCUGGGGCCUUCUCUGCUCAGGUGCGCUUCAAAAUAUGUAAAGAUUGCCUUCCGUUACCUGAGGGUGUUUUUAAGAAGGCAAUCAAAGAGAAUUAUGAUGAGAAGACACACAAGUUCAAGACAGAGUUGACGGUUGAGCAAGUAAAGAAACUGACAGAAUUGUUUCAUCCUGCUCCAUGGUUGCCUUCAAAUGGUACAGCUUCUGGAACGGAAAUUGUGCCAGUUCCAGUUGUUUGGCCACCACCAUCUUUAUCAACUUUGCCAGAACAGGAAAUUUUCAGAGAACAAGUUUAUAAAGAACAAUAUGGUACUAAGACACAUCAGAGAUCUAUGCGCAAUGAUGAUGACCACCACCAUAUCAUGCCUAACAGUGGACACUCUUCACGUCCUCUUUUUCUCUCAGAGAAAGAAUAUAGAAGUUUUGGUCUUCGUUCAGAAAGGCAUUUCUUGCCAACUACUGCUCCUGCUGGUCUUCCUACUAGCCACAUGGAUGAUAAUCACAGGUUUAAUAACAGAAGGGAGCAGCUUCCUAGCAAUCCAAUUUCCCUGAGCAAUAAUGCAGCUUUGGUGCAGAAAGGACCUGGUUGUCAUAAUAUUUAUUUUCCUAGUGAAAAGGAAUAUCGGACUUAUGGCCUUAGAGGUUGUCACGAAGUGCCUAGUAGACAGACACCCACCUUAGAAACUAAGCAGUCUUUUGAGGAUCCAAUCAAGGAUGUAUGUAACCCUUAUGAUGAUAGCACUACCUCAUUGGUAAAUCGGUAUCUCUCGCUGCCAGGGUCUGUGGCGACACCUAAAGAACCUUUUUAUUUAGAAAGCAGAGGGGCUCAUGUAAAUGGUUCCAGCUAUGCACGUGAGACAAAAGAUCACUUACGAAGAUUGAAUUCUGAGGUAGAACUAUCACAUCCAUUGUAUGCUUUGCAUGCUUUAUCAGAUUACAACAGAAAUUACCACCGUCUUGGGGGUGGGCCUGACAUUACCUCUUCAAAAGUCUCGUCACGUUACGGCUUUGAUGGACCUUUGUCACGCAGCUAAUCAACACAGAUUGCACAAUUGAGCUUUCUCAGAUGAGCUGCAGCAUGCAAUCUCUGUGAGUUGGAAUAAUUUGUAGCUUGCCUAGAUGACUUGUAAUAUUGCACAAGCCCUUCUCUUUGUUGUAGAGUAUGCAUCAUCUUAUAUGAUGCAAAAGCUGGCAUAAUCAAGAGCAAAAGCCAGUGCCAAGAUAAGGUCAGAAUCUGUGGUAAUUCUGUGCUGUACCUUUCAUUGGUUUUCAGUAGUUCCUGAGCAAAGUACGCUGGAUGCCACCAAGUUUAAAGUUUUUUAGGUCGUUUGCCUCGUAAUUUUUCCGUUCAUUUGCUUCUGUUGAUUAAUCAUUGCUUUCCUGAGAAGAUGCAUAAAGUUUGCAUGGAUAGUUCAGCCAGAAAAUUUGUUGGAUCUUUAUGUAGAGUUCGGAUUGUGCACGGUGUCAGAAAUUGGAAUGUAUCUUCAAAUGGCUGCAGUAAAUAAGCUGAAUAUCGUUGAUGGUUGGUGAUGACAGAGAGGCAUAGAUUUGUUUGCAAAUUACCUGGGUUUGUGAGGGGUUGCACUUUCUUUCCUGUUCGGCCCUAUUGUGUAAUAACUUAACCGGGUUUGUGAGGGAUUGCACUCUUGUCCUGUUCAGCGCUAUUGUGUAAUAUUACAAAAUCUGAAAGCAACCGUGACCUGUUUAAACUCGUC